AUGCCGAAGAAGUUCGAUCCCGAGAGAUUCGUCAAUAGUUCCAUUGAUUACAAGGGAAAUAACUAUGAAUUUAUCCCAUUUGGUGCUGGAAGGAAGAUAUGCCUUGGCAUGUCAUAUCUAACUCUUUGGUUGCUAUUAACAUUCUGUUAUCUAACUAUCAUUGUCCUUGAAAAAUUAUUUAUAUUAAAAGAUAGAUUGAAGAAAGUUGUGGAUCUAUGGAUAUCUAGUUUAAGCACAUCUUCAAGGAAAUCAAUGGUUGUGCAGAUUUUCUUGCCACAAAGGCUUCCCAAAGUAAGCAAUCUAGCUACUUCUGCAGGUACAACGACCUUCCAGCUCAAGUUAAAGGAGAGAUCUUGUUAUAUAACUAAAGAUAUUGCACUUGCACCAUAUGGAGAUUACAGGAGACAGAUGCGUAAAAUCUGCACAACGGAGCUAUUGAGCCAAAAAAGGGUUCAAGCCAUGCAAACCAUCAUAGAGGAAGAGGUAUCGGAGUUCAUUAAAUCCGUUUCUUCAAAGGCCAGGUCGAAAAUCAACCUCAGCAAGAUGUUAAUUUGUUUAACAUAUGGAAUCACUUCAAAGGAUGCAAUUGGUAAGAGUGGCGAGACGCAUAAAGCAUUUGUACCACUUGUAAGAGAAGUAUCAGAAGUUUUUGGUGGUUUUAGUUUGGCUGAUAUGUUCCCUUCUAUAAAAUUGUUUCAUAUGAUCAGCGGGAUGACGACUCAGGUUGAGAAGCUGCAUGGUGAAGUUGACAAGAUACUUGAAAACAUCAUCAAUGAACAUAAAGUAACGAAGGCAACCAAUGAUUCUAGUGAGGAAGUUGCCGAUGAUUUUGUAGAUGUUCUCUUGAAUCUUCAGGAAUGUGGAGACUUUCAGUUCCCCUUGACAUCAUACAACAUAAAAGCAGUUGUACUGAUUGCACUAAUACUUUCACCAAUUAAAUACAAUCUAUCUUCUAGGACAUUUUCCUUGCUGGGACUGAAACAUCGUCCACAACUUUACAAUGGGCUAUGUCAGAACUGA